AUGACAUACUAUACCAAAACAAGUGAAUUCAUUAAAGUACAUACAAUUUUUAUUCUAUGCAUGACCAUAGGCAUCUGGAUGCUUUUUGGAGUGUGUGCUGCAAACAACGAAUACGACGAUUUGAAUACAGCAGAGCUUAAAGAAUGGCUUGAGAAUAUAAAUAAUAAUAAUGCUCCUGCCAUGACUGAUGAAGAAUGCGAUAUAAUAUUGGAACAGUUUGAUAAAUUAUUGGGUUUAAAUGACACAGCAUUGAAUUCUGAAAAUCAUACAAGUGACGCCCACUAUCAGAAGGAUUCACUCGAAUUAAGCACUCCAAAUCAAACAAGCAUAAUAAUUUCUACAUUCUAUGUAGAUGAUUCUGGAAAUCGAUUCUAUAUAGAUGAUAAAGGAUGCAGUAUUUAUAUGUACUUAACCAAAGACAUAGUAGUUGAAGGUGACCUCUUGUAUAAUAUAUAUAACGAUGCAUUUGGGAAUCAGAUUCUUAUAGAUAGUAGCAUGCACCCUUCUGCUUUUAAUAUUGAAGAUAUAUCUAGUAGAGCACACAGCAGCCAGGAAGAAAGCAUACUUGAUAAUCCAGUCAAAGUAACCACACCAAAGCGCCCGAGAGAUUCUACUUCAACCAGUUCAGACGAUAAUUUAAGUGCCAAGAAAAGAAAAAGUAAAGAGAGUAGAAAGGACAUAGAUUCUAUUCAUAGAACUACAAUAUCCAUUAAAUCAAUGAGGUACCAAAAUGCCUUUAGUAACCUCAAGCCCUACAAAUCUCAAGCACAAAGCGAUAUAACCCGAGAUAAACCCCACAGUUUUUCAUACUUGUUUACUAAAGAUGGCAUGGAUAGUGAAAAUACAAAAUGUGAAUGUAGUAUUGAGAAGAACUAUGAAAACAAAUACCAAUUAUGGCAAUUUUUAACUAGUUCACGCCAUAACUCCUUGGCUGAAAAGAUAGAGUGCAUCAACAACUUAGCUAAUGAGAUGAAAGCAAAAGAAGUAAAAGAUACCAUGAGGAAUGGUCAUUGUUAUUAUCUCUUUUUAGAGCACUUAAAAAAAUACAUAGAAGCUCAUAUAGACAUAGCGCAUAUUAGUGCAACAUACGACCACACAGACAGAAGUAAGAACAAUAUAUGCUCUAAAUCUGAAAUGAAGCCAGAGACACUCGGAGAAAUAUAUGAGGAAACCCAAACAGAUCUUAAGUGGUGGGUUAACAGUAUGUCGAUUAUCACUGAAAAAACUGAGGAAAUUAAGAGUGCAGGAUCUGCAGAUGCAGAACUAAAAGAAAAGCUGCACUUUAUUCUAAAGCUGCCAGAGGUGCUCAGAGACUUGGUUCUGAUAACCCCCGAGAUAUUGUUAAAGACAAAAAGAGAAAUGGAAAAAACACUUACUAUUACUGAAGUUAGAAAGACUUUCUGCAUUAUAGAGUACUUAUACUACUUAGUAAACAAUCAUACAGACAAAAUGAAUAUUGCGUAUAAUGAAGUUAAAGCGCUAUCUGUGAACGGAGAACCUAUAAAUGACCAGAGUACUAUGGUGGUGUAUAGUCUUGUCUAUGAUGUGUUUUGUUCGUUCUACCAAUGUGCGCCAUCUACCUGUGUGGCGGAUGUUAAAAGUGAAGAAAGCAAAGCAGAAAAAAAAGAAGCAUGCAUUAAAAGUAUUUUUCAUUCCCACUGCCCGCACAUACCGCAGAAUGGAGUCUUCAGACUGCAUGGAAAAAGAGCAAUUGUAAAGCCAACUCUCGGAAAAUACAAUCUCAGUAAGACUACAAAUUCAACUAGCAAUGGCUCCAAACCAACUAACAUAGAACAACAAAAUCCACUAUUUUUAAAUCUACCACACCAGUAUUUCAAAGAACACUACCAUGUGCAGCUAGUUGACAACAUACGCCACACAGUAAAACUUGUUCCUAUUCCAUAUCCCUAUUGUAAAGAUUACAGUUCUAAAGAUGGAUCUAUACAAAGGAAAACUCAUUCAAUUCGAUAUAUAGUAGAGUACAUAAAAUCUGUACUGAAGUUAGCCUAUCCAGAAAAGAAUUCAGAGUUUAAUGUAUACCCAUUUAGGUAUAGUAGAAAGAGUCGAGUAUGGGCAUUAAUAGAUGGGAAUUGCAAUUGGUAUAGGAAUAGAGAAUUAGAGCUAGAUCUAAGUGCAGUGAAUAGCUAUAACUAUGAUGUAGUCUUUUACUACUUUGAAGAUAAUAUAACCAAAAAUCAUUUUAAAUGUAUAGAUUUCCAAAUCUCAGUUGGCUCAAGUCUUGAAACUCCUCGAAUUCCUUUAUUUCUUACAAACUUUAUGCUAGUAAGUGCUAUAAUUAGUCCGUAUAUAUUUUUUAAUGAAACAUGUAUUAAAACCGAAAUAAUUAAAAAUUAUGCUACUGAGAAAAAAAGUAUUGAACCUACUAAAAUGACUAUCGAUACAGCUGCAACCAGCCAGAGCCCAUCUUCCGCAUCACCAAGCAACAAUGAACCUCAAUCCAAAAGAAGCUACAUUAAUUACUACUACAGUGACUUUUUGGUUCAAGGUAUAGAUGACUACAGAUUUUGCACUGCAGAAUGCUUUGUUACAGAUAUCUCACUUAAUUUAUCAGAAAAAACCGGUCUGCUAUCUACAGUUUGGUAUACACAGAUAAAGAGAAGCGUGCGUGAGUAUACAAAAUACUGUUUUAGUAUAAGUACAGCUCAGAACAUUCAGAGCGAUAAUCAGUCACAAUCUAAAAAAAAAGUGGUCUCAAAAUUCCUGAAUCUAUUGCAGCGCGAGAAUUUAUCUGGCGACAAAGUCACAUACGGUCUGUGCAUCUAUACAUCUUCGAGUGGCAAGGAAGUUGCUGUUCCAAUUAUGUGUGAGAAAAUGCGAAGGCUUUUGGGCGCUAACAUUGAUGAUGACCUUAAGUCCAGGCAUGCAAAUUGGGAAAGUAACAUUCUUCCUCCACGAGUUGAUGUUAAAGAUAUAAAAGAGGAUGCUUCUGUUUUUAUCACGGUAAAAACCUUUAGCUACACGCAGGCAAACCUUGGAAUGCACUAUGACAUGCUAGCUGCUCUCUUUCAUAACAAUAAUUCCGCAUCAGCACUAACAUCAGAACCCGCACCAGCACUAACAUUAGAACCCGCACCAGCACUCAAAAAACUAAUAACACCAGAACCAAAGACCGCUACUAGAAAGUCUCCUAGAGCGACUAGAGCUAGAGUUGUUUACACCGAGUAG